AGGCAGCAACAAGUGCCCCGGCAGCAGCAGCAGCAGUAGCAGUAGCAGCAGCAGCAACAGCAACAGCAACAGUUGUUGAAGCGCAACAAGUGCCACGCGUAGAGCGAGACCGAGAAAGGGAGAGAGAGAGAGAGUGAGAGAGCGAAGGGAGCUAAGAAAAAUUGCCAGAGCUAAAAGCCCGCCACGUCUCUUCAAUUAGCUCUGCUGCAGUUUUAUUUAAAUAUAAAUUCGCAUUAAGGCAUUCGCAAAUUGAUCAAAUUAAACAACGAAAUAAAUUCAUUAAACGCAAUUCAAUUGGCAGCCGCAACAGCUGAGCGAAAGAAAGCAAGGAAACGUGCAAAAAGUGAAAGGCGACAAGGAAUAAGGGAAAACCACAAUAAGUGAAAAUGCUGCUCAAAGGCGUACAACUGCUGCGCGGCGGAUUGGCCUCUCCGCCCAAGUGCUACAAUUUUCGGCUCGUCUGCCGUUCGCUGUCCGUGCAAUAUGGCGACGUGAAGACACUGACGCCCGCUGUCCGGGAGUAUGUGGACAAGUGCGUGAAUCUGUGCCAACCGGACCGAGUGCACAUCUGCGAUGGCACCGCCGCGGAGAGCAAGCUGCUCCAAGGAUUGAUGCUGAAGCAGGGCACAAUCCUGCCACUGCCCAAGUACACGAACUGCUGGCUGGCACGCACUAACCCAGCCGAUGUGGCUCGCGUGGAGUCCAAGACGUUCAUCAGCACGGAGCGCAAGGAGGAGACGGUGCCAGUUACGCCAAACGCCACGCCCGGAACCCUUGGCAAUUGGAUCUCCGAUGCGGAUCUGAAGGCGGCUAUUGCCGAGCGUUUCCCGGGCAGCAUGAAAGGUCGCACCAUGUACGUCAUACCCUUUAGCAUGGGUCCCGUGGGCUCGCCUCUCUCCAAAAUAGGCAUUGAGAUCACUGACUCUCCCUACGUGGUAGAGUCUAUGAAGAUUAUGACGCGUGCAGGCACUCCAGUGCUGGACGUGCUGCAGCAGGGCGACGGCCAGUUCGUCAAGUGCCUUCACUCAGUUGGCACUCCAGCCAGUGGCGUGCAGGCCCAGGCCUCGUGGCCAUGUGACCCAGAGCGCACCAUCAUCCUCCAUAAGCCAGCCGAGAACGAGAUCGUUUCCUAUGGCUCCGGCUAUGGAGGCAACUCGUUGCUGGGCAAGAAGUGCUUUGCUCUGCGCAUCGGCAGCACCAUUGCCAAGCGGGAGGGCUGGCUGGCCGAGCACAUGCUGAUCCUGGGCAUCACCGAUCCCAAGGGCGUCAAGAAGUACAUCACUGCCGCGUUCCCCUCGGCUUGCGGAAAGACCAAUCUGGCCAUGUUGAACCCCUCGCUAGCCAACUACAAGGUGGAGUGCGUGGGCGAUGACAUCGCCUGGAUGAAGUUCGACUCGCAGGGUCUGCUGCGUGCCAUAAAUCCCGAGAACGGCUUCUUCGGCGUUGCCCCUGGCACAUCGAAGGAGACGAAUCCCAUUGCCAUGAGCACGGUCUUUAAGAACACCAUCUUCACCAACGUGGCCUCCACCUCAGAUGGCGGCGUCUACUGGGAGGGCAUGGAGAGCAGCCUGGCACCCAAUGUGCAGAUCACCGAUUGGCUGGGCAACCCCUGGACCAAGGAGUCGGGCAAGCCAGCCGCUCAUCCCAACUCUCGCUUCUGCACACCAGCAGCCCAGUGCCCCAUCAUCGACAGCGCCUGGGAGGAUCCAGCUGGCGUGCCCAUCUCUGCGAUGCUCUUCGGCGGUCGUCGCCCAGCUGGCGUGCCCCUAAUCUACGAGGCUCGCGACUGGACCCACGGUGUCUUCAUUGGCGCCGCUAUGCGCAGCGAGGCAACUGCUGCGGCCGAGCACAAGGGCAAGGUGAUCAUGCACGAUCCCUUCGCGAUGCGUCCCUUCUUUGGCUACAACUUCGGCGACUAUGUGGCCCACUGGCUGAGCAUGGAGAAGCGUGGCAAGGUGCCCAAGAUCUUCCAUGUCAACUGGUUCCGCAAGAGCGAUCAGGGCAAAUUCAUGUGGCCCGGAUACGGCGAGAACUCCCGUGUGCUCGAGUGGGUUCUGCGCCGUGUGAAUGGUGAAUCCUGCUAUGUCGACUCUGCCAUUGGCCACAUACCCGCUGAGGGUGAGCUCAACUUGGCCGGCAUGAAGGAGCAGGUCGAUGUGAAGCAACUGUUCUCGCUGCCCAAAGACUUCUGGACUCAGGAGGUGGAGGACAUCCGCAACUACUUCGAGUCGCAGGUGGGCGCCGAUUUGCCCGCUAGCAUCUACGCCGAGCUGGACAAGCUGAAAGCCCGUAUUGCCGAGCUGUAAGAGAACUCCAGGAGGCGACAGAAUUUAUCACAAACACACAUCUUUACCCGCCUUGCACCACCUAUAAGCCUAAGCAACCCUGUACUCCAGUACCAAAAAACGCAUAUAACCUAUAAUCCCGCCCGCGCACACAACCAUAUAUACUCUAUAUAACUAACGAAGACUAUACUAACGAUACAACUUUUUCACUUAGUCGUUUCUCUAGAAUUUAAGCCGCAGACUUCCAAAACUAUUUAUUCUAUAAGUGUUUAUAUUUAAGCCUAAACUUAAGAUCUGUAUAAAGAAACCAACAAAAAAGGAAAAAAAAAAAAAAAUCCAGCAAAAAAAUGAAAGU